UCGGAAAAGAUGGAGGAAGACAACGAAAAAGUGCCUGCGCAUGAAUGUGAGCCAUCCAAACCGUCAUCGUCAGAAGACACUUCAACAGGCUUUAACAAACCUCAGGGCUUUAUUGUUCCCCCAGAAGACUUCCGUGUCACUUCGUCAUCUCCACUGCCAAUUCUGAAGCCUUCACGGGUCGAGGAACUUGCCGUGUCAGGAGAGGACUCAGAAUCUACUUUAGAGGGCACCCCCUUGCGCGAACCGAUGCUGCGAGAUGUUGACGGUGUUGACGAAGCUCUUGCUAACAACGAGGCAAGGGAAAGUGAAUAUGGAUCAGAGGAUGUGGAGGAGGAAGAUGAGGAAAGCGGCGAAGAUACGGCUGAUUGGGAUCCUAUCGACGAGGACACCGGAAAUGAAAAGAUUUCCAAAUUCGCACUUCCUUCCCACUUACGGCCUGUCGCUGUCAACGAUACCGGUGUAUACCUCUUGGAAGACGGACACUUUUUCUACCAAACUGAUGGAAUUUCGCCUUUGGCGGAUGCGAAUAGCAGUUCCACCCCUCCCGAGGCCGGCCAAAAGGUCUCAGGAAUGGGAGAUUCUGACGCACCACGGCGAACGGUCAAUUUCAGCACCCAACCGAUAAUGCUGCGCACCGCUGUUUUUCUGGCGCCUCCUCCAGCCUACCCAAAAGCCCCUCCGAAUCAUUCAGGCAACACCAGCUGUAGUUCUCUGUGCCCCUUCGUGUGUCCUCGCGGUCACCCCGUUAAUCGUUACUUCCUUUUGCAGGUAUUCAGCACCCAUUCAGUGACCGCCUACGAACGACGCAAUGACUCAAUUGACCCACUUGUUGCCUCUGCUGAGUACGAGCUGGAGAAACGGCUUGACGACCUUGAGCUCUUUGAUGUGGAGCUAAAUAAAGGCUCUAAUGGACUCGGGAUCAGCAUCCUCGGAAUGGGAAUGACCUUUGUGAAUGGUGUCGAAAAAUUGGGAAUAUUUGUGAAGGCCAUCACCCCCGGAGGAGCUGCCGACGUCGAUGGAAGAAUGCGAGUCUACGAUCAGUUAGUGGAAGUGGAUGGACAGAAUCUGGUUGGUGUUUCGCAGAAUUUCGCCGCUACUGUUCUCCGAAACACCUCGGGUACCGUGCAUUUCCUUGUCGGACGCGAAAAACCCAACACCUCGAAUUCAAUCGUUGCUCUUCUUGAGGCCGACGGCCAAAUGACUUCCAGUACCUGUUCCAGUGUUGGUGCCAAUACCGCCAGUGAUAUGAAGAUACACUCCUUGGUCAUAGUGUGCCUUCGGGAUGCUGACAGCCUUGAAAUUGCCCCCAUAGUAUCCAUGGCUAAUGAGUGGGACCACAUUAUUGUUGGUCCAGAACUUUUCUCCGACGUAACAGAAGAGGGUCAGGAAUACUCACUGCGUCAUGCAAAAAGUGAUUCGGUGGAGACCCUCCGCAAAUUGCUAGCCGACGCUUCAGCCGCAGCCGCGAGGGCCCAGUUCUCCGACGAUGAUGAGGAAGAGGACGGUGGCUUGUCCGACGACCACUACGCCACUAACUCCACCUCGCCCAUCAACACCGACGACACUCAAGAAGACGAUGAGGAGGGCGAAAAGACCCUUCGCGAGGCGACAGCUGGCACUGACGCCUCGUCGGCCUCCUACGACGCCGGCCUCUGCUCCUCCACCACCGAGUACGACUCCGGCACGCGCCUCCGCCCUCGUGAUCAGCUGAUCGGUCAUCUGAUUGUCUCAACGCUGGAUAAGGUCGCGCAGGACAACAACUCGGCGCUUGUAGCGGAGGAACUCUACUUCGGACUUACGGAGUCGGAGAGGACGAAGAUAAACCGGAGAAUUCCAAGAACUGCGUUUCCCAUCGUACAAUCCCUAGCCAAUGACUUGUUUGCGUCUCAAGGACAGGUGAAAAGAUUGCGGUCGAGGGUGCGGCGUCUUGGUCAAAGGGUAAAAAAAUCAUCAACUGCCGACAGUAUUGGUGCGGCGGCAUUCCUCACUGAGCCCUUGAAUUGGUUCACUAAAACACUGCCGAACUACGUGCCGAUGAAAUGGGUUUUCAUAGCUGUGACUUAUGUCAGUGUUGUGUGUGGGGGGGGGAUUUAUAUUCGCAUCGCAUGUACUCUGCGCUCCUACACAUUUAUUCGUCUCUCCGGCAGCCUCUAUUAUGCCCGCGACGUAACCCAAACGUUGACCGACCAAGAGGCGGCGGCGGACGAGGCGAUUGAGCGACUCUGCCUGCGGUGUCACAAUCUCGAGACGAGGCUGGCAGAGAAGCAGGCCAUGGUCACUGCUGCCGCCAGCACACCGAGCCGAUGCGAGGACGGCGAUCAGCGAGGACGUCUGAGUCCCGUUCUGGAGCAGGGCGAAGACACUGAAGAUGCGGAGGACGCGAAAAUUGCACGUCUCGCUGAUAUCGAAGCGAAGUACUCCUCUCUUCUAGCCCUCUAUGAAAACGCCCUGGAAAGGUUUGUUGGCUCUCCAUUUCUUUCUCUCGCUCUUCUUCCUAUUUUUGGUCUGAAAGCGUCUCCAGUCGGCUUCUUGCAAGAAAUUCUAGAACGAGAACUUGCCGUUAUUGGAAAAGGCGAGCAGAAGACUACUGUUGCAGUUGAGUGCCAGACCGACCCGGACCUUCAGGUAGAUGAAGAUUCCACAAUCGAGGAAAGAGCCGGCUCCAGUCAUGAUCGACGAGCGCUCAAUAAUGGCGCCCCCCCUGAGGCCGUGGCCCGGCCCCACUCCGCCAGCCUCCCGCCCCGAGACGAGCCCGCCGUCGUUGGGGCACCAGUGACGCCCGAACGUCGACGACGCAGUCUAGACACCGACGCUCCUCCACGUCCCCCCAAACCGCCCGCCUUCCCUUCUCCCCUCGCCAACCAGAACACCUCAACAGGCAAACUGAACCUCGCCGCUCUGCCCGACUCGGAGCGACCGCUCUUAGAUAGACAAAACCCCUUUGUAGCCACCGAUUCUUAUCACCUGUACGAAUUUCACAUGCAACGCCUCAAAGUAGGAACUAGUGGUGCAUUUGCUCGAAAACGGCUUCCCUCCCGAUUAACUCGGCCCAGCCGAAUUGAGCCCUCUCCUCUAACCUACGCCGCCUGCACCACGCCUGCACCUCAACCAAGUCACAAUUCCGACUGCACUCCCAUCCCCGAGCCCCGGCGACCCAAAUCGGAAUCCGUUCGGUCCUCUUUUACUCCCCAUCCAAAUUCGACCUUCCGCGUCCCAUUAGCUGACCUUCGUGGUUCAAUUGCUGGUCUAAAGCCGGUUAGUGAGCGAUUUGCAAAUGGAACUACCCCCUCCAAUGUUGCAUCACCGUCGCUUCCUAUUUCUAAGAAUUCCGCCUUCUAUCCUACCGGGCCGCAUCCAUUAGUUGACGCCUUCCAUGGGCAAAAACAGCAACUCCGCCUUUUUUUACAGCAGAGUGUGCGCAGCCUAGACUGGAGAGAGUCUGCGCCUCCUGAAGGGCAGAGCCGCUGGCCUCUCCACCACUAUCCCCGGCUUUCCCCGGCCUCAGCACCCCACACAUCGCCUGUCAGGAAUGCAGCAGACAACAGCAGCAGCAGCACAAAGCCCGCUCCGACGCACGACACCGUCUCGCCGCUUUUCCCACCACCCACUCCUGAACGACGCCCCGUCCAGUCCUUCUAUGGAUACAGUACGUUGCCUCCUUGCGUGCUGAUUGCAAGCCAGACGAUAAGGAUCCAAAUGACCCCCUGCCCUACUGAACUCGAGAUCCCCCGUCUCACUCAACCCAACAGCAUUUUCCUACGCCUCUUCAAUCAACGCGAAUUCGGAUGCAAAACACCGGUACCCCCCAGACCGCCGGUUCCUACUUCCUUCCUUCUUUUGUACUCGCCUGUCACACCCGUGUGGGCUGUUUCGUGUGUGUGUGCCCGUGUGUGA